CCAGUGUUGAGGGCACUUCUCCCCUCAGCCCCAUGCUCUCUGGGCCUGACCCUCACAGACUGCCCCCUUGGCACCAGGCAAAUCCAGUGUGACGUAGUGUGCGGCACUGCCCAGGCCCAGCGGGUGAGAGACCUUCCAAGGACCAGGAAAUGGCUGACCCUGACUCUGGCCUUGCCCUUGCCUUGGCUCAUGGAAAUGUGCUGGGGAAUCUCCACGGGAGCCAUCUGCUGUGCCCUGUGGAGCUGCGAAUUGGGGUCUAUGCAGUUGGGAGGACCCAGUCAGGUCAGCUCGUGCUCACACAGGGCUGGGCUCAGGGCCAUUAAGGUGGAUUUAGGCUCUCACUGCCUAUAGUCGUGUGAGCACACAAAGGGUUACAAGGUGCAUGGGUUUGUUUGCCAGGGAGCACAGCAGCUGGUUCAGCAGCUGGCGAGAGAGACCGUUAGAAAGGGGCAGGGAAAGUGGAGGGGAGGGGAAGGUGCUGAGAGACGGGCUGGGGUCCCUCUGCCUGCUGCAUUGUUCGUGCCUGGCUCAGAUGCUGCAGCCCCUCACCAUGGGCCUGCCCUCAUGGCUGCUGGGACAGCUCCUGGCCACGACAGUACUUCAGCUUCUGAGCCGCAGCACCGCAGCCCCUUUCCCUACCUUGGCCCCCCCACUUACCAUGGUCGUUAACGGCGAGAGGAAGACCUUAGUGGUUUGUGUGGUGAACGACCUCUCUCAGGACAUGGCAGAUGCCAUCUGGUUUUCGAAUGAGAAUGGAAGUGCCCUGGACUCCUUCACCUACGGGGUUUCCAGGGAGGAAGACGGCACAUUCAGCACAGUCUCUCACCUCUCCAUCCACACUGCAGAACUGGAGUCCUGGGAAUCCCUCGCCUGCCAUGUGAGACAGAACAGAACCGCCCAGGUGUGGAGUGCCAGAUCCCUGCUGAUCUCUGAAGACCACGUGGAAGAGCCAUGUCUGGAUGAAGACAGAAGUGCUCUGCCCGUCUGUUCACAAAUCCUGCUUCUCUUGGCUAUCAGAGCAUUGUUGCUGAAGUUCCUCCUGUUUGACAUUCUCAUCACCUGCAGCUUCCUCUUCAAAGGGGGACGCCGAGCCCUACUGCUGAACUCUGCAAAUAGUUCCUCUGCUCAGGCUUGGUUCGGCAAGGGAGAAUCAGCCUCGCCUGUCAGCAUGGAGAGCAGACCAAGGCAGAGACUGAGUCGGACGGAGUUAGUGACUGGAGCUAGCCACCCCAGGGGUAGCAGAGACAGAGCUUCCCACACCAUUUCCUUACACCUUCCACCCAUCUGAGCUAGAGCAAAUCAAAUGAUCCACUAGCAGCUGUCCUCACAGUGGGAUUUGGGGCAGUUUACAAGGUGUUGCACGUAGUUUGCUCACCUCUCAGCCAGGACACGGCAUGUACUAUGUGCCGAACAGAUGGGCCCCAGCUGGACCAAAGUGUAAAACAGAAGACAACAACCCUAGGCUAAUGGUGUACCAGCCCAAGUGUUGAGUUGGGCCUGGGCCCAGGUUUCCUUCUUGGUCAUCUGUUCUCAUUUUUUGUCUUUGUCUUACUGGGUAAACUGCACAGUUUGCAGAGGAGUAUGGAGUUCACAGGCUGCAGCAAUGUUCUCCAUGUACUAGCAACAGUGAUACAGGGCUAAUCUCUAGCACCAUGAAACACCUUGUUGGUAAAGAAAAUCCUUUUCUGGGCAAAGAGAUCAGUUGGUUCUCGGAGUCAGUACCCAGGGAAAUUCGCUUCAGAAGAAGUCCUGUGGCUUUCUGGGUGUUCAAUUUAAAAA